AUGUCGGGCUGUGAAGGUGGCGAAAAGAAGCCCCUGAAACAGCCCAAGAAGCAGGCCAAGGAGAUGGACGAGGAAGAUAAGGCUUUCAAGCAGAAACAGAAAGGGAAGCAGAAGAAAUUCAAGGAGCUAAAAGCCAAGGCCAUGGGCAAGGGACCCCUGGUCACAGGUGGAAUUAAGAAAUCUGGCAAAAAGUAAGCUGUUCCUCAUAUUUGAGAUGAUGGUGACC